GGAUUGAUUGAUUUAAUAGAGGAAAAAGAAGGAAAGGCCUUUAAGGCAAAGCAAGCAAAGCACUAUCCACAAACAUCAUCUGCAAACCCCAUUAAAACAGUUCAACACAAACAGAAAUUCAUUCCCUUUUCUCUUUCCAAAAUAAAAUUAAUAAUAAAGAAAAAAAGUUAUACACAUCACUCCCACAAUUCACUGAAUUUUUGUUCUCAAGAUUUUUCACUCUCCACCCAUCAUCAAUGGAAUCCUCUUUCUAUAUCUCAUCAAUGGCCCAGUUGGACCAAACCAAAAAUUCUUCUCUCCAACAAAUUCCUAAUUCAAUCAGAGAAAAAUUGCCUAAAUUUCUCUUCUUUCUCUCUCUCUCAACUUCCCUGAAUCCCCCUCCGAUUUGGGUUUUUUCUCCCUUCCCUUCUUAGUUGUCUUCUAGGUUGAGAUUUAACCAAAACCCUUCAUUCUUUUCGCCCCUUUUUUCCUUUUCCGCCAUUGUUUCUCCUUCUUUUCUUCAUUCUCUUUUCUGGGUCUUCUCUUUUUUUUUUUACCAUCGUUUCGAUUUUUUCUCUUUUAAUCGAAUGAAGAAAGCUCGAAAAGGGGUGGCUGCUGAUUCAAUGGCGUGUGCUCUGUUUGAGAAUUCGAUGGUUGGGAUCAAACAUCAAAGUCUCUUGCAGGAUUACCAGGAGUUGCAUAAUGAAACAGAAGCCGUGAAGAAAAAACUACUGAUUGCGAAGCGGAAAAAAGCGACCCUUUUGGAUGAAGUUCGAUUCCUGAGACAUAGAUAUGAAUUGUUGAAGAACCAGCCUGCAAACAUUCAGCCAAAGGUUGGUUUCAAGCUUUCACGGAACCUUGAACUCAGACCUCCCAUCGUGAAGAAAGAAAAGAGUUCACGAAAAAGAGAAGCUUCUUUGAAACCGCUAGCUCAAGCUCAUGACUUAAACCAAAGGGGAGGAAUCUACAAUGGGAUUGAAGCCUCUUCUCGAAAAUCUCAGUCCUUUUUUGACCUAAACCAGAAGUCAAAUACAUGCAGCAAGAAGGAAGUCAUUAUGAACAAUUCUUUUCCUACUUUUGACCAGAAAGAGAGAGUAUACAGAGCACAUGAAGCUGCUGCCAACAGGAACAUGACCCCGGUUUUCGACCUUAACCAAAUUUCGAGGGAGGAAGAAGAAAUGCAAGCUGGUUUUGAACCACUGAGACAGCUGGAGGACGAGUCGAAGAAUAUCUUUCCAAGAAGCGAACACGAUGCGAAGAACAGUGACUUGGUGUUAUCAUCAAUGUGUAGGAAUGAUGACAAUGGAUCAAACAGAGCGGGAAAAAGGAAGAUCUCAUGGCAAGACCAAGUGGCUUUAAGAGCAUGAAGUCCUCUCUAAUUGAAAGAAUCAUUGAGGAUCCUUCAUUUGCUUAGUUUGCAUAGGUGGAACAACUCUGAUUCCUUGAAAUUCCAUUAUUAUUAUUAUUAUUUUUAUAAUUCACACUCGGCUCAAAGGGAGAAAAUUGUGACCAUCAAUGUUGAAUGACUUUCUAAGUGCUUAAAAAAGUUUAACAAACAAUUUUUAAGCACUUAGAAAGUCAUUGCAGAUAGAUCCUAUACUUUAAAAGGAUACCUAAAUUGGUAGUCAUUAUUGUGAUUGAAAUUAAUGUAAGAAUGUUCGAAAUUUUUAUUUCUUUCGUCUAAUUACUAUCUUUGAGAAUUGUGAGAAUUGUUCAAAAAGCGGAUUAGGAAUAAAAUUGUAUACUAUAUUUGUUCAAUAUUACAA